AGCCAUUCCGUUCAUUUAAUGUCAUUGGAUUUUAUUACUUGUGAACAUCAAGUUUUAUUUUCUUUAAUACACACCUACAUGAGUUUAGACUUGGAAGAAGCUAACGAAACACAACAAUUAAUGCAGAAUGAAGGAGAGGAGGAGGAACAGAAGACGUUCCAAUCAGCGACGUCUCCUGUUACCAGUAAUAAAAUGUCAAGCGGCGCAGCCAGUCUUAGCUCACAGCGGAACCCACAGCUCCAGCCUAGUUCAGGGGCAAGCUUAAAUGAGUCUACUAAAGUAUCAUACGUAAACGAAAGACGAUUACAUCGAGAUUUAAUGCGUUCGAAUUAUAAUAAUAGACCUAAACAUAUACCAAAAGAGGCACCAGAUGUGAAGCAUAUGGAAAAGGCUUUACUAGAAUUACUGGAUGAUUUUCAUACUGGUAAGUUAAGUGCUUUCAGUUCUGGGUGCAGUAUGGAACAGAUGAUCAAUGUCAGAGACCAACAAGAGCACUUGGCUCGAUUACACUUCCGGCUGUGUGCAGAUGUUGAGAAACCAACUGACAACAGUUUUGACAAUUCAGCCGCACGGGAUAAGAUGGCACAAUUAGUGCAAAGUCUUGAACAAUUAUCUACUUCAAUAGAACAUUUACACUCUGGAAAUCAAACAAACUCUACUAAUGAUCAAUAACUUAUUGUGUGAAGAAACACAUGUUAAUUACUUAAAUAAAAUGAUUGUAUAUUGUUUUAAAUAAAUUAAUAUUUUGUUAAACAUUUGAUACUUUUUGUAUAAAAUAUUUAAAUAAUGUGUUUAAAUUAAUGUGAUCAAUUUCUUAUAUAAUCCUUCUAUUAAUAAUAUUUUAUUUAAGUAUUCAAUUAAAAUUUGCAUUCCAAAACAAUAAUAGAUCGUUUUUUACUAAC